GUCGAUACAUUCCUGGGGGGUCAUCUUGGGUUUCACUAGACACUAUGCUUAAUAUGCUUCACUAUGCUUAAAUGCUUUUGUUUUGUUGACGAGGUCACACCGCAUAAGUGCUCAAAAAACUUAGAGAAAAGAUGAAUCCCUUUGAUUUUUUCGAGGAGGAAGGAGCCUUAGAGACAGGCGUUUUUGAAUUCGACGAGGUUAAUCAUGAAGAUACUCCACUGAUAGCUUUUUCUAGUUCCUCACGCUCACAAGUAGUCAGACCAGUAAAAAGAAAAUGCGACACUUGUUUCCGCAAACUCUGCCUGUGCAGACAUGCUGCUGGAGGAACGGAGACCACUGACGCUACUGCCCGCUCACCCUCGCAGAGAGCUUCAUGUUCACAACCAAGGACUCUUCAAGCGCAAGAAUUCGAAUUCUGCUCCUCCACUCACAUCAAAAAGAGCAGACUCCGGAAUUGUCGACUCUUCGUGUUGCAGCAUGCCAAGGAGGGCAAGAAGCACGCCAUCAGCAGUAUCCCGGUGCUCGAAGCUGUAGUAGAGGAUGUCAAGGUUUUGCGAACUGUACCACCGAAGGCGGAGGCGGGACCGGGAGCAGAAGGAAACUGGGUAGUAGCAGAUCGAGUAACAAAUGGACGACACAUUGAAGAUGGUCACGACGCCCAUGACGGUAUUAGAGGCAGUGAUGCCGAGAGAGAUGGAGCUGAGGACUAUACGGCCACGUCCAGAAAGACGUCAACGUGGCUCCCGCCUCUUUGGGAAGAGAUGCUGUCCGACUCGCACAAAACUUUGCUUUUGUGGCCUGGCAAGGAUUCCGUUGCUUUGGACGGUAGCUUGGCAAACAGAAUGUUGGGAGCACUCCAGGGGCGCUCAAGUAUUAGGACAACUGUGAGAGAUGAAGAUACAAAAGGCUCGUCGCCGUGUGGAGGAAUAAUAGACGAUGAAGAUGCUUCGAGCUCCGCUGCUGCUACAGAGACUGCACAUCCGCCAACAAAAAUCCAAGACGAGGAUGAUGAAGCUCAGAAUAUUAAUUUGUUGGCACUAGACGGCACAUGGGGGCAAGCACGACAGUUAUUCCGAGCAUUGGAGAGGGAAUAUCCUAGACCGCUGUCAAAAUUGAAACGGAUCCACCUAAACACCGCAAAAAGGCAAAGCCUUUACGAGGGGGUCCGAAAAGAGCCUAAGGAGGGUUUUCUUUCUACCUUGGAAGCGUUGGCUUUGUGCAUUGAGGUUUUAGAAAAUGGCUCAACUUCUAGCAGAGAACGGCUCUCAACAGAAAAGGGACCGGUAGAUCAUCAGAGCAGCAACAACACAGCAGAUAUGGGAACGGUCAGCAGCAACAAGAUCAACGUCUGCGAGCGACUUUUCACGGCAUUUGGUAGCGUCAUUGCCGAGAUGAAGGGGUAUGCAGCUGCUUCUCCAUCGGGGUCUGGAACGCCACGUCUAGAACAACCUCCUAUCGCUGGUGCGAAUAAAGGCGUACGACAGGAGCUGACGCCCUCCACUGUGGAUUCGUCUCCUGACUUUGUCGAGCGGAAUAUUACAAAAGAAAAGAAUCGUAUUAGACGCUGCGCUCCCCGUGGUCUCAACCACGACCUGGCUGCUACCGUCGACCGCUUAGUGCAAAAGGCGCGUAGCAAUCGCGACACCGCGAGUGAGAGUAACCAGCAUAAGCAGUAUUUUGUACUCGUUAGAGACGUUCGAGACCCACUGACCAACCACGUAGACUACAUCCCGUUGAGUCCAGACGUCCUGGCCACUCUGCAUCCUAUCGUUGCUCCGAUCUGCGACGCUGUGAGAUUGAAGCUGGCUGGAGAGAGAGCCUCACCAGCAACGCACGACCACAGCCCACAGGACGAUCCUCACAUCCACAUUCAUGGUUUUGAAAGCAGUGUUAAGUAUGGCAGUUAUCGGGAUUGUAAGAUGUAUGCCGAGUGCCUGAACUUGCACAGGAAGAAAGGGCAACGGAUUACAGUUCAGCCUCUGAAUCGCGUACAGCAUCACCUGACAGGAGACCUGAAGCUUAAUGCAGGCCACCUGACAGGAGUUUCUCUCUCUCAGAUGGAAACAAAGUUGUAGACUUAUAUUCUUUUCCUCUUCAUCCUUCCCUUCUAGCUCUACACAGUACUAAGUAUCAUGACAUUUUACGACGACCAGAAAGAU